AUGGCGAAGGGCGUGAAAAGCCCCAAGGGCAAGAAGAUCACCCUGAACGUGGCCAAGAACUGCAUCAAGGUCACGUUGGACGGCCGCAAGCGCCUGGACUUGAGCAAGAUGGGCAUCACCACCUUCCCCAAGUGCAUCCUGCGGCUCAACGACGUGGACGAGCUGGACCUCAGCCGGAACCUGCUCAGGAAGAUCCCGGACUCCAUCUCCAGGUUCCAGAACCUGCGCUGGCUGGACCUGCACAGCAACUACAUCGACAAGCUCCCCGAGUCCAUCGGCCAGAUGACCACCCUGCUCUACCUCAACGUCAGCAACAACAGGCUCACCACCAACGGCCUGCCCGUGGAGCUGAACCAGCUCAAGAACAUCCGCACCGUCAACCUGGGCCUCAACCACCUGGACAGCGUGCCCACCACGCUGGGGGCCCUCAAGGAGCUCCACGAGGUCGGGCUGCACGACAACCUGCUCAGCUCCAUCCCCGCCAGCAUCUCCAAGCUCCCCAAGCUCAAAAAGCUCAACACCAAGCGGAACCCCUUCCCGAAGAAGGAGGAAUCCGAAAUAUUCUCCGACUCCAUCAAGAGGCUGGAAAAUGUAUUCCUGGUGGAGGAGAAGGAUCUGUGCGCGAACUGCCUGAGGAAAUGCCAGCAGGCCCGCGAGAAAUUGAACAAAAUCAAGAACAUGGCCGCGGCCACGCCGAGAAAGGCCAUCUUUUCCAGUCUGGUCUCACCUAACUCUUUGGCCAAGGACUCCCAGGAAGACUGGAGGUGA